AGGAAGACGAGGAAAGAGAAGGAGUGGGGGGAAGCGUCGGAAUCCAGCUGACGGCGUGACGCCCUCCACUCUCUAUCUCUCUCUCCGCAACUCCGUCUCUCGCCCCGUCCGUCCGCUGGUGGGGCACCGCGCGUCGUUCGACCGGCGAGAUCGCGAUGAACGAAGUGAUCACGGCCUCCGACGCUUCGUCGGCCUUCCGAUCCGCGUCGUCGCAGCCGUCGCUCGUCCCUCUGAACCCGCCUCUCCUCUCCGCUCUCCUUUCCCUCGCUCUCGCCCAGUUCCUUAAGCCCUUUACCUGCUGGCUCAAGGAGAAGAGAUGGAACUCCAGAAAAAUGCUUGGUUCAGGUGGAAUGCCAUCAUCGCAUUCGGCUACUGUUACGGCUCUUGCUGUUGCGAUUGGUUUACAAGAAGGACUCAAAGGAUCAGCAUUUGCUAUAGCGGUGGUCCUGGCCUGUGUUGUUAUGUAUGAUGCUUCUGGUGUAAGACUUCAUGCUGGUCGGCAAGCAGAGUUGCUAAAUCAAAUUGUUUGUGAACUACCCCCAGAACACCCUGUCUCCAGCAUUAAACCCUUACGAGACUCACUGGGACAUACGCCUGUUCAGGUUGUUGCAGGUGCCAUGUUAGGAUGCAUUGUUGCAUAUCUAAUGAGUUCCAGCUGACGAAUUGGCUUGAUACAGGACAAACUUCUGUUGGAAGUUGAUGGUGUACUUAAACAAACGCUCUAAAUUUUGACAGCAGUUGCCAACAUUUGUUCGGAUGAACAGGAAUGGGUGAAUGCGAAUAUCUUCCUUAACUGAAAAGAUCUAAUUAUAGUGAUUGUUUAGGGUGUUUUUAAUGUGCAAAAUCCCAAGAGAUGGGCCCGUCACAUGUAAAUUUGGUAGCAAUAUGCGUUUGUUAUUUCCUGUAUGUGCUCUUCUAAUCACAAUCUGAGCUGACCAAACAUAGUUUUGUGCUCCGUUCCAUCUCGAUGAGUGUAAACUAGUUACACUUGAGAAGCUGAA